AUGGGUGAGACGGAGGAUGAGCGCACGGCUCAGGCCAGCCAGCUUUUUGAGAACUUUGUCCAAGCUUCCACCUGCAAAGGGACUCUGCAGGCUUUCAGUAUUCUCUGCAGACAACUGGAGCUGGAUCCUUUGGAUUACGGCAACUUCUAUAGCUCGCUGAAGGCAGCGGUCAGCUCCUGGAAAGUCAAAGCCUUGUGGACUAAACUGGACAAAAGGGCACAGCAGAAGGUCUACAACCAGAAUAAAGCCUGCCAAGGCACAAGGUGUCUGAUCAUCGGCGGGGGCCCCUGUGGUCUGCGGACGGCCAUCGAGUUGGCUCUAUUGGGCUGUAAAGUGGUGGUGAUUGAGAAGAGAGACACCUUCUCCAGGAAUAAUGUGCUGCACCUCUGGCCCUACACCAUUCAUGACCUCAGGGCUCUUGGAGCCAAAAAGUUCUACGGCAAGUUCUGCGCUGGCUCCAUCGACCACAUUAGUAUCCGCCAUCUGCAGCUGAUGCUGCUGAAAGUGAGCCUGAUUCUGGGAGUGGAGAUCCACGUCAAUGUGGAAUUUGUCAAACUUAUGGAGCCUCCAGAGGAGCAAACCGUUGACAGUCCUGGAUGGCGAGCAGAGAUCCACCCCUCCAGCCAUCCUGUUUCAGACUUUGAGUUUGACGUGGUGAUCGGAGCCGAUGGGCGCAAAAGCACUUUGCAUGGUUUCGCUCGCAAGGAAUUUCGAGGGAAACUGGCCAUCGCCAUAACAGCUAACUUCGUCAACAGGAACACCACAGCAGAGGCUAAAGUGGAAGAAAUCAGUGGCGUGGCUUUCAUCUUUAACCAGAAGUUCUUUCUAGAGCUCAAAGAGGAGGCGGGUAUUGACUUGGAAAAUAUCGUUUACUACAAAGACAACACCCACUACUUUGUGAUGACGGCAAAAAAGCAAAGCCUGCUUGACAAAGGUGUCAUCAAAAAUGACUACAUAGAAACAGAACGACUGCUGGCCUAUGAUAACGUCAACCAGGAAGCGUUGCUUUCUUACGCCCGUGAAGCUGCUGACUUUGGCACCAACUACGAGCUGCCGUCGCUGGACUACGCCAUCAACCACUAUGGACAGCCGGACGUAGCCAUGUUCGACUUCACCUGCAUGUACGCUUCAGAAAACGCUGCCCUAAUCAGGGAGAAACAUGGACACCAGCUACUGGUCGCGCUGGUGGGAGACAGCCUUCUGGAGCCCUUCUGGCCGAUGGGAACGGGCUGUGCUCGGGGUUUUCUGGCUGCAUUCGACACUGUUUGGAUGGUGAGGGGCUGGGCACAGGGAAAGAACUCCCUGGAGGUACUGGCAGAGAGGGAGAGUAUUUACCGUCUGCUGCCUCAGACCACACCAGAGAACAUCAGUAAAAACUUUGAGCAGUACACCAUAGAUCCAUCUACACGUUACCCAAACCUAAACUCCAACUGUGUCCGUCCACAUCAGGUGCGUCAUCUGUUCAUUGAUGGUCAGCAGGACUCAGGUCUGCUUGAUAAACGAGGGCCGACACGAAGAUCAGUCAACCUGUUCAGAAAAGAGUCCGAGGUCCGACCCAGCCGCCUGCUGACCUGGUGUCAGGGGCAAACCCAGGGAUACAGGGGGGUGGAUGUCACCAACCUCACCUCCUCCUGGAGGAACGGCCUGGCUCUGUGCGCCCUCAUCCACGGCCAGAGGCCUCAUCUGAUCGACUUUGACUCUCUGAAUGAGGAGGAUGUGGCGGGGAACAACCAGCUGGCGUUUAACGUGGCCGAGCGAGAGUUCGGCAUCCAGCCGGUGACCACAGGGAAGGAGAUGGCAGCGAACGCUGAACCCGACAAGCUGCUGAUGGUCCUUUAUCUCUCCAAGUUCUUCGAAGCCUUCAGGAAGUCGCCGCUGAACAACAGCGUUUGUAAACAAGCAGAUGAAAACGGUGAAGAAUAUGAAUCUAAAACCAACCACAAACUGCUGAACCUGCCUCAGCCCAGGAAGAGGAUACCCAGGGACGAUAAGAAACUGGAGGAUGACUCUGUCCACAAGAGACGACGAAGGGGGAGCAAUUACCUCACAGAGCUGUCCUGCCACAGUGCGCCUCCUGCUGGAGAAGAUGGAGAGCUGCGGGAGAACAAGGUCCGCUCCAUGGCCACUCAGCUGCUGGCCAAGUUUGAAGAAAACUCCUCAACAGCAAAGAUGCACACCAAGGUGAGAAACUUGUCCAGUCCAUCCUCUUCUCCUCCUCUGUCACCUUCCUCCACCCCAUCAUUCUCCGAUGAGGAAGAUGAGGAGACAGAAAACCCCCGUUUUGCCAAACCCAAAGAUUCACCUUGUCUCCGUCCUCCUCCUCCUCCUCGCCCCAAGUGGCAGCCUUCUGUUUACCUUCGUUUACUGGAGAACCCCAGCUCUGUGGUUCAGCAAACCAGUUCCUUCUCCUCUCCUGAGUCGUCUUACAGUCAGAGCAGCCACAGUCGUUCUCCGUCACCGCUGCGCUCUAAAAGCCCUUUAAGUGCUCCUCGCUCUCCUGACUCUGCAACUCGUUGUUUCUCAGUUUCUGCUUCAGAUGCUGAUCUGUCCUCUGACGUGUCGGAGCAGCAGAGCAAAAAUCAAAAGUUGUCGGCUGGAGCAUUUUCCCGGAGGAGUAUAAAAGAGAGAGCUGUCCUCCUCUCCUCCAUGUUUCACGGGUCCAACAAACCACCCGCUGCUCUGUGUGGUUCACAGGUUGAGGAAUUAUCAGCUUCAUCUUCUACAUCACCUCCUCCUCCUCUUCUGUCUAUAUCUAAGAGCUCCGGACUGUACCCUGCGGUCCACCCUGUCCCUGAUCUGACCGUCCAGGCCGGUUUUUCUCCUGAGCAUCUGGACAAAAUUCCCUCAUCCUCUCCUCUGUCCUACACCAACUCUGAAAACACUGAGCAAACGUCCCUUCUUUGUGCUGAGUCCUCUGCUCCCGACAAUGAAACAUCUUCCAUGUCUUUGUCUCACACCGAUGCGAGUCAGAGCAGCUCCACUUCUUGUGAUGCUGAAAGGAGAAAUGAGAGUUCGCUGAAUAAGUUGGAACAUGAGAACCUUCACGGAAAUGCUCAGCAGUUAUUUCUUACUAGCAAAACAACUGAAAAGGAUUACCUGAAGUGUGCUGGGAGCUGCGACGAAGAGUGCGCCACAAGAAACGCUCCUAAAUCAGUCGUUGGCUCUGAGAGUUGUCCCUCCGCAGCUCCUAGUUACAGUAAAGAGCGUACAGUUGGGAAGGUUUCCUCAGCCAUUGAUGCUAAAGCUCAGAUUCUGGCCGUCCUUUAUGAGACAGACCACAGGCCCAAUGCCCCACCGUGUGUGGGACGUAAGGAGUUCCCUCCUGGGCUCGGGGGCAGCGACGUCUGCCACUUCUGCUCCAAACGGGUGUACGUGAUGGAGCGGCUCAGCGCUGAAGGCUUCUUCUUCCACCGCGGGUGUUUCCGCUGUCACGUCUGUAACUGCACUCUUCGUCUGGGUGGACACGCGUUUCACUCCCAAGAGGCCAAAUUCUACUGCAGGAUGCAUUACGCCCAGCGCCAGUCCAGCUCGCACCUGGACUGUGCUGGAAGGAAAAUGGAAGACCAAAGCCACGUCAGACCCUCGCCUCUGGACAGCCGGAUCUUCCCCCCCACGGGCAGAGUCCAACCCGCAGGUGAGACAUCCAGCCUGCAGUCUGAGCAGCUUGUUAAAGGUCAAAGGUUAUUUCCGGAGGAUACGGAGCUGGCUGUCGACGCUCUGGAAGCUUCCUGCAUAACUGGACCUAUAAAGGAAGAAGGCGCAGCGACCAAUGGUCAAAUCCAGGACAGCACCAAAGGUCACUUUAACACCAAACCGAAUAAUCGAUGGAAAAGAAAGAUCCGCACAGCGUUCCCGUUAAUCUUAAUCAAGCACUUUCACACGCCACUGGACAAACAGAGACCGGAGACUGUCCCCGAAGUCGACUGUGAAGAAACUGUUUCCGCAGGAAAACAAACUGAGUCCAAAUGUAUUUCUAAAACAUCACCAGACUCCAAGAAUCCUUCGAAGCGGAGUGAGAAAAAAGCCGAGCCCUCUGCUGCAGUGAAGUCGGCCUCCAGCUCAUCGUCUCCCAAGAAACGGUUACUAUUGACCCAGUCAACAAAAGAGAAGCUUCUGAACUGGGACGAGGGGCUAAAACCAGAAGAAUAUCCCUCCAGCAGCACCGCCUCGAACGUGCAGCAUCAGAAGCAGCAGGUGCAAACAGAGGCAGAUAAGCUCCAGACGCACUCCAUCCAAAACCAAAUGGCAUCCCAGAGCCAAGCCUCUGCAUCUUCGUCCUCUGCCUUCCAGGUUCUAUCCAGCGCCUUCAGGAGAACGUUUACUGGGAGCACUAACUCCAGCAGCCCCAAGACUUCAGUCGUAAUGAGACCCAAACGUGAUGGCCCUCGCAAACAAAGGCCCGUGUCUGAAGGAGAGUUCUGCUCGACAUUCAGCCACACUGCUCCAGAAUCCUCCACAGAGGGGAGGAGGACCAGCAUGCACGGCGUCCGCUGGGCGUCGGUCAGUUCAGACCCAUGGGGGGCGGGGCAGGACCUACCUUCCUUACUGCAGCAGGUGUCUCUAAAGGGCCGGAGAGAAUCCGAAGGGAUGUUCUCGGACAACAUCUGUUCCUCCAAAAGGCUCGACUUGUUUUCGUCUAUUCGGAUCAGGAAGAGGGAGGUGUCGCAUGGCAACAGGAACGACCAGGAGGUUCAAAAAGAAAUCAGGACGUUCCUCUCCAACCUGAGGAACAAAGCCUCGAGUCAAGAGAAUCUGGAGGAGCUGUCGUCGAGUGACGAUGAAGAUGAAAACCCGACGUCCAGUCCAAAGCUUCGUUCAGAGAAACUGAAGGAAAAGAUGGCGGCCCAGCAGGCAAAACAAGAACAACUGAAGAGGCUUCACAAAGCUCAGGCAAUCCAGAGACAAUUGGAGGAAGUUGAGGAGAAACAGAGGGAUCUAGAGGAGAGAGGAGUGACGAUAGAAAAGAUCAUCAGAGGAGAAGACCUGCCUGAGACAGAGGACCGCGAUGAGGCUCUUCUCUAUCAGGCCUGGUUUCAGCUUGUUCUGGAGAAAAACAGAUUGGCCCGCUACGAGUCUGAACUCAUGAUCUUUGCCGAAGAGCUCGCGUUAGAGGACACCCAGAGCCGGCUGCAGCAGGAUCUAAGACGGCGAAUGGCAGUUGAAGAUACAAAGAAGAGUGCCUCUGACCUGCAAAAGGAGGGGGAGAUCCUGGCAGAGAUGAUGAGGACGGUGGAGAAGCGGGACAUGCUGGUCUCCAUCCUGGAGGAGCAGAGGCUGAAAGAGAAGGCUGAAGACAGAGACCUGGAAAGCCUGAUCUUGUCCAAGGGCUACGAGUUUCACUGGGCUCACGAGGGCGACAACUGGGGGCCGGAGAAGCUGGAGUGA